AUGCCAUUAAAAGUUGUGAAAGGCCAAGUAGUAGCAGACUUUAUAGUCGAUCACUCCAUUGACGUUGCCGCUUUGAACUAUGUUGAAUUAGGGUCGUGGAAGCAAUACUUCGACAAAUCUAGCCAUAAAAAUGGCACAUGUAUCGGAGUCGUAGUUAUUUCUCCAAAUAAAAUUCCAACGACAUUCCAAUAUAAAGUAGAGGGUAUUUGUUCAAAUAACGAAGCUGAAUACAAAGCCCUCAUAACAGGACUUGAAAUGUUGUUGGGAUUGGGGGCAACCCGGGUCGAAAUAAUGAGAGACUCAGAGCUAGUCAUAAAACAGAUCACGAAAGAAUAUAGGUGUGUUAAGGAGAAUCUGAUCACGUAUUUCAUAAUCGCCAGUGGAUUGUUGAAAAAGUUUGAAAUGGUUUAUAUUCGACAUAUACCACGAAUAGAGAACAUGAUAGCUAAUGACUUGGCCCAAAUCGCAUCUGGGUAUAAAAUUUCGAGAGAAAAAUUGCACAAAGUCAUAGAAGUCAGAGGAAAGGUAGUGGAAACCAGAUUAAUUCCCCUGGAUUUAGAACAUACAAGAUUAGGAUGUGCUGAUGAGGGAAAUUUCGAAGUAUUGGCGAUAGUCAGUUUGGCAGAUGAAGACUGGAGAAAACCAAUAGUAGUAUACCUACAGAAUCCCACAACCUAUACUGAUCGAAAAACCAGGUAUCGAGCAUUAAGUUAUGUUCUUUUGGGUUCAGAGUUGUUUAAGAAAUCUCCGGAACGAAUUUUGGUGAAAUGCCUUAGUGAGUCAGAGGCAUACUUUGCCCUUUCAACUGUACAUAGUGGAACAUGUGGGGCACACCAAGUCGGUCAUAAGAUGAAACGGAUUUCAUUUCGACAAGGAGUGUAUUGGCCUACUAUGUUGAAAGAUUGCGUUGAAUUCACGAAGGGAUGUCAAGAGUGCCAGGUGCAUCCGGGCAUACAACAUGUCUCUGCAAAUGAAUUACAUUCUAUCAUCAAACCAUGGCCAUUUAGAGGUUGGGCUUUGGACUUGAUCGGAGAAAUUCGACCUCCCUCAUCAAAAAGUCAAAGGUUCAUAUUGGUAGGAGUUGAUUAUUUCACAAAAUGGGGUGAAGCCAUACCUUUUCCAAAUGUGAGCCAACAGGAUGUGAUCGAAUUCAUUCAAAAGUAUAUUAUUUAUAGGUUUGGAAUUCCAUAA